AUGGGCAGAACCGAGUGCAUAAAAAGGGAAAGCACAGUGGGAGAAGCAAAGAAUGAGUCCACAUACCAAUACUUCCAAUUGCCCGAUGAAGUCAUUCAGCACAUCAUCUCUUUCCUACCUCUGAAAGACGUAAUCGCCACUCGGAUCUUGUCCAAAACAUGGCAGCGCAUCUCUCCUGUGCAACAUUUGAAUUUCAGAACUAGAUGCUCACAUUUAAAUAAACUGAAUAAUGAUGGGCAAUAUAGAUCAUUUGGGGGACUAAAAGAAGAUUUUCUUCACUUUGUCGAUCAGUCUCUCGAAAUGUUCUACCAAAAGCAAAAAAGUGUACUAACAUUCUCUCUAUACGUGAACGAAUAUGCUGCACAUUCCAAACAACUAACUGUUUUAAGUUUAGUUACGUGUGAGUUGAAGGAUUAUUCUAUCGGUGAUGCUGCAAGGUUAGAUUCUUUGCACGAUUUAAGUCUGGAGCACGUUCAUUUAUCUGAUAGGAUUCUUAAUCGGCUCAUCUCUAUCAGCCCCAACAUUAAGCACUUCAGUCUCAAACUCUGCGAAGGGAUAAAAUUUCUUGAAUUGCUUAAUCUUGAUAGACUUGAGAAGGUAGUGGUACAGGAUUAUUGGAUUUAUAAGAUUAAGAUUGAGACGCGAAGUCUUCAUACUUUGAUUUUCACAGGUGGUUUCAUACGUAUUGUGAGAUUGAUUUGA